AGAAAGUUCCCGAUCGAAGAAUCGUAUCAAACCACGGAUCGUCAUCUCGUAGUUUCAUUUAUAUCUUCCCAAAGCGAGCAGGAUGAGUACUAUCAAAAUCCUAAUUGUCGUUCUCGUCUCGAUCCUCGAAAUCGAUUCGUCAAACGUUCCGCUGAGUCGUCAAACACUUUUGUGGUCACCUUCGUUGCAUCAUGAAGCGGGAAUAACGAUGUUGCCUGAAGGGAAUUCUUACCUGCCAAAAUAUAAAAAAACGCCGAAAAAAUUUAUUCGUACAAUAAAUCCAACGAACGAUAAUUACUAUCAUAGACGAAAAAAUUACUUCUGGUUAGAUCCACACGAAUACAAAAAAUCGCGAUUCCACAAGAAAUCAAAUUAUUUGAAAAAUUUGAAAAAAAAAUAUCCCAUCGAGAAUUGGAAUUAUCAGAUGGGAGAUACUCGGAAUUCGAACGACGUUUAUUUACCUUCGUCGUAUUUGACGCCACCCAAGAUAGGGAGCGAUAAUCAUCAGUAUUACGAGAAGAAUAAAAAGUUAUCGAAAGAUCGAUCCGAGGAGUCGACUUUUAAUCGUACCACGACGGAUAAACCAAAAAAUCAUCGAUACGGAAAUGAAAAUUUAAUGGGUCAGGACGAUGAUAAUGAUCGGCCCGUUUAUAUCAGAGAUCAUGCUCCAGAGCAACAAGUAGACGCGACUCAUGAUGAAGAAACCAAUGAAAAUAACGUACGGAAUGACGAAAAAUCAAAUGAUUCUUCACAAGGAUCGAAAGACCGAAUAGAAUUUCAUAUACACGGGCACGCAGGUCCAGAAACGUAUAUGUUCGGAUUCGACACUGGAGACGGUGAUAACCGACAGUACAGAAUGGAAGAACGUCACGGAGAUGGCACGAUAACGGGACAUUACGGCUACAUCGAUGCUCGAGGAAAGCUACGAAAGGUCCGAUACAAAGCCAGCCCGACUCACGGUUACGAAGAAAAACAUCACGAAACGCAGGGAUCUUCGUAGUUCAUGAACUCCCGAUGGAAUCACUGAACAAUAUGACAGAAAAUGUAAUAAAGAACAUAUUGACCAUUACUACUAGCUUGAAUGGAACCAACGUUUGUUGAAAAUCAUUGAUUUUUCUUUUUAAAGAGCAUGAAACUUAUGGCAGUACAACUUUACUCUUCCCUUCUAUUUCAUUUCAGUGAUUUACGGUUCGCAAAGAAUCCGAAAAUAUUCAGCGAUCUCCAAGGAGUUACAAACAUUGAAAUUUUUUAAACUGAGAAUCAUCAGCAAUUCAGCCUUUAAAUAUUUUUUAAAUAUUAGAAUGUGCCGGUAUUGUGGAACGUAAUUAUUGAGUAAAAGAAUUUGCGAGCUGACCGGC